CGUUUUCACGUUGUAAGUUGUCUGGUUGAGGUUGUGUCCGUUAGUUUGUUGUGUACUCGCGAGUUUUAUUGGAUUGCAAAAAUGUCAAAAAAAAUUCUCAGAAAAAAUAUACGAAAUGUUGAGAGACCGAACCAGAACUUCAAGGCUUAGAAAUGCUACUCGCCAUAUUCUCGUUUGCAUUUCUUCAGUCGCAUGUUGUUGCUCAGAUACGGCCUGGCUGCAAUAUGACCAGAGGGAGUGACGACAUCGUCGUUACCUGUGAUAGGCUGUCUCUACAGGAAGUACCACCAGACCUUCCCAGGAACAUCACUAUGUUGAGCUUCAGCUUCAAUCAGCUCACGAGAUUAACUGACCAACUUGUGACAAACGACUGUGGCCUGACCCACAACACUUCUGUGUGGUGUAGCCGGUUUCCAAACAUGACAUACAUAGAUUUCUCUUAUAACACUAUUGAAUUAAUUUCCCUUUAUUCGUUCACAGGUAUGGUGUUUCUGUCGACAAUUGAUCUCGGAAACAAUAAAAUCGAGGAUCUCCCAUCACACAUAUUCAGCAGUAACAGGUUUUUGGUUUACAUUGACGUUUCAGGAAACAAUAUAAAGUUCAUACAUCCAGACGUUUUCAAAAACCUUCAGUAUUUACAGGGGCUCUACAUAUUCAAUAAUCACUUCGUUGACCUUCAACCCGAGACUUUUGACGGCUUCGUGAGCUUGAGCACUCUGUGGCUGAACAAUAACUCCAUAUCUAGACUUAGUCCCGAGCUCUUCAAGAACCUUAGCAACUUGCAAUACUUCUUAGUGAAGCACAAUCGAUUGGAAUGCAUCGAGCAGGAAAUUUUUGAGCAGCUGCCGCUUUUAAAAACUUUUAAAGCAUCAAACAAUCAGAUAUAACUUUUAAGUCCAGCAAUAUUUUCAAAUAAUUUGAACCUGCAAUAUGUUGACUUAAGUAAUAACUUGAUAUGGGAACUAUCAAAAUACACACUGUUAGACUUGAUUAAAAUGACCGAAGUUAAUCUCUCUUUCAAUCGUCUCGAGUGGUUGUACCUGAGUUAUCUACCUGUUUCAUUUAAAAGUCGUAAUAAAAGAGUUCGAUUCGAAAUGGAUACAGAUUUAUGUCUGGACCAGAUUGGAGUAAAAUAUCCAUGCUUUACAAGCGUGGGCAAUUUUUUAAAAGGAAGCCAAAUUUUUCAUGCGAUGGACUUUUCUUAUAAUAAUAUCAAAACCAUAAAACAUAGUAAUACUGAAAUUGCUCAUUCCUUGGAGUUUUCGAUCAUUUCUCUUGCAAACAACAACAAACUUGAAAUUAAAGCUUCGUUUUUAAAAAGAGAAAGGUUUGUCAUACGUCUUAAUCUUGAUGGAACCAACUUGAAUUGGAAAAACUUGACAUUGAUAAAUGAAAUGUUAGAGCUGCCUUAUUUAAAAAUACUUAGUGUUAUUGGCUGUGGUGUUUGUGAAUAUUAUACAAGACAGGUGCUGUCGUCUAUUUUUAACCCUUACAAGCAGUACAAUAUUAUAUGUGAUGGACCUAUAACCGAAGACUUAUUAACAAACUUAGACAUGCUGAAGAACAAAAGUGGAACGUAUAUAAUUGAGGACAGGUUUGAAAAUGGCAUUAAAAAUUCCUCAGAUAAUGAAAAUAUUACAAAAUGUGUGGACGUCAGUACUUCCUAUAAUGCAAGUAGUUUGUGUAGUUUGGAAUGUGAAUGCUAUGUGGAUAGCACCUUGAUACUUAACAAAUUUUAUGCUGUAAUCGAACAGGGGUACUUUAAUGGUUUUUAUCAGACAAAAUUGUUGGACUUGUCUUACAAUAGCUUAAAUUAUUUAGAGGAUCAAGUAUUUAAUAAUUUGACCAGUUUAGAGUUUCUUCAACUCGAUAAUAAUAAUCUAACAAGUCUAAUACCAAAUCUUUUCAAAUACUUGAGUAAGCUAAAUAUUCUCACUCUUCACGGUAAUAGUAUAUCAUGUUACAAUGCCCAUGCCUUUGCAGAAACACCACUUCUAAAUACCAUAACAAUUGAAUUUGCUGACUUGGACAAUCUUCAUGAUGUUACUUUCCAACACCUUUCUGAUCUUUGGGUUCUGAACAUACGUGAAAACACAAGAACGUCUGGUCAUAAAAACAUCGUUACUACGGAAUUUUUAAAAUAUCUUUGUUCACUUCAAUCAUUGAGUGUGGUUGGAUUUAAUUUCAGUGAAAGUUUUAAUUGCUCGGUUUUAUGUUCAAAAUAUUUGAAAACCUUGGAACUUAAAGGUAACUAUUUACCUGUUUUAACUGACGACAUCUUCAGUAGUCUCGGUGACAUCAUAAAUAUUGAAUUGCCAGAUAACGGCAUUCAAUUUCUGGGACAUCAUUCAUUUAGAAACUUGACAAAAGUCACAUAUGUUGAUCUUUCUUGUAACUCGAUUAAGCUUCUUUAUAGUUCUAUGUUUUCCGAUAUGCAUAAAUUAUAUUAUCUCAAUGUGUCACAUAACAAAAUAUCUUGUAUUUCUGCUGCAAUGUUUCAAAACUCAUUGUUGCUGGAAUAUCUUGAUAUUAGUACAGUGCUUAAUUUCUAAAGUUUUAGGUGUGGGAACUCUAAAGCAGGAUGCUCAGACCGGGGGGUCUGGAAUACCCCCCAGGAAGGAGGAGGGUCCGGGGGCCCUCCCCCGGGAAAAAGUUUUGAAAAUUAUAACUGUAAACCCGCGUUUUUAGGCCAUCCAGACAUAAUACUACAAUUAUUUUUAUAAAAAAUUGAUAUUUUAAUGGUGAUUACUUUUUAAAGUGCUUGAUUAUGAUGUAAGAAAAUAAAAACAUGAAUUUAAAUUGAGUUCACCCUUUGCUCCAUUAACAUCUUGUUGACUACUUUCACUGACCAUUUUGUUUGAAGCAAUGAAGCUUACCAAUAUUACUUUUUUAAUGAAUGGUAAAAUAAAAACAAAUAAAGCCUU